AUGAACUGGUUCACUUUAAACGAGAACUUCUCAAAUUCAAUGGGAGGCGUCGGCACUACUCCUAUCAAAAACAGUAUCAUCUCAAAAGCUACCUUUAAAAUAUCUGGAGGGGUGUUGUCUGUCAUACUGUUCAAUAUCAACGCCGACUACAAAAUAUUGUCCGUAUCGCUCCAAGUGCUCACUCGCGUCACAUCGAUGUUAUGUAUUUGUAAUGUGUUUUGUAUGGUUCGCGCGACUGCUGAGAAGUCUCGGUCUGAGCUCUUGGAGUACAAGAGAACCACUUUAUGCCACUUAAACGUCAACAACACAGACGCCACUGAUUUGGAUAUCUGUGUGUCUGGGGGUCGGGUCCGAGCGAAUGUCGAAAAUAACUUCUUGUUUGACGUCUCCGGAUGUGCGCAGAACUACCGGAAUAACCAGAUUCAUGGCAAUGAGCAAGCACACUUUAGUUGUCCGAAAACCCUGUGGAGGUGGGCACUGAUACCAGCGAUUGGCUUCCUUCUAGUCUUAUUACUAGUGUUUGUAAUGUAUAAGAAUUGGAUGUAUGAACAGGAGUUGGACAGCCUUUUAUGGAAAAUUGAUUUCAAAGAAUUGAUUUUUAGUGAAUAUACUCCAAUCACUACUAAAUUGAAAAUUUAA